AUGUCUCCACGAUGCUGUCCCGUCCUCCUGCUCCUGGCGCUCAGCCUCUUCCCCGCUGCCAUUGCAGACAGGAAAUUCGGCUGCCUGUUCGAAGACGAGCUCUGCACAAGAUAUGAGUUCUGCGUCAACGAUGGAGUGUUCGGACAGUGCCAGGAGUUGGCAGGCGGAGACCUCCACACUUAUGACAUCUCCUCGUCAGCUCUGCAGCGCCUCAGGAUUCUCCUGCAGAAACUGGCUCACAGAGGUAUGACAUGGCAGGAUGACCUCACACAACAAGUGAUUUCUAGAGAGCUCUCCAAACUCAGACACGUGCCACUCCGCCACCCUGCCCUUCCCCCAGCCGCCCUGACCUCUCCACAAGGCCGGAAACUAAGGCCAAAGCUGAGCCAAAACCUCCAGCAGUACCUAUCCGACCUUGGCUUUCUGAACAAUUCUGAGCUACCAGCACAACCGGAGCCAGUACCUCAACGAGCAAACACUAUCCAGAAUGAAGAUUUCAACUCAGAUAGUCAGACAGAGUCCAGUUCCAAACCCAAGCAUACAUGGAAAGAGCAUACUAUCUACAGCGUUCAUAAAGGAGAUGGACAACCCCCAAUCACUAAAGUCUUUACGAAGAGUGGAGAAGGCAGGCAUCCCAAACUUGGCUCUACUUUCUCCAACCAAGGACCUGGACAAGAUAAAAUGCUAUCCGGGCAUUUGGAACAACUACUCAAUGACAUACCCACUAAGACACAACAUGAAACUCCUGGAGUCCAAGCUGCAUGGCCCAAAGGGAAACUGCAAUACUUAAGUUCUGUUCAUCCAGCUAUAAAUGACCAAGACGAGAUGAAAUCCCAAUUAGCUUUUGGGUCAAAAUCUUUAAGACCAAACUUGGACAAACUGCUGUACAAAGCAGGCUCCAAUCGUCACAACUCAAAGCAGCCAUUUGAUCUCAUGGAUGACGUCUUCGUCCAGAGCAUGUUGAACCAGCUCGGCGGCCACAGCAUGAAGCUGGAUUCUUUAAUGGGCACAGACCUGGACGACCUGUUUGGGGCCCUCAAUGGAGCUCUGCAGGAGGCGCACGAGGAGCAUCCUGCCGCGCCUGUGGCCCUGCCUGGAACGGGACCCUUGGACUCCCAGGGGCCAAAAGAAGCCAAUGGGGGACCUCUCAUGGCGACAGUGCAAAAUCAAGAACCGGAGCCACAGAGAGAAGGAGGUGGAAGAGGAGAUGUGACAGUCAAACAAAAAGGGCAGCCAAAAGAAAGUGCGGGCAAACAGCCCGUUGACAAGCAUUCAGCGAUCUUCUCUAAGCUGCUGAACUAUCUCAAUAUGGAGCCCUUUGAUGAUGUGCAUCAUUUUAACAAUAACCCCAAAACAGUGGGUCUGGAGAGUGUCCAGAGCAGGACCACUCAAGGCCAGGCUCCGGUGGUGCAUCACUGGGAGGAGAAGAGCAUGGUGGGCCCUGCCAAAGAGGGCACUGCUCUGCACCAGACCAGUGGAGCUCAUGGUCCAGACGCUCAGGUGGACUCAGAGAUGGAGAGAUGGAUGCAAGAGCUGCAGAGGAAGAAACAGCUGCAGGGCUCCAACGACAUGAAGCUCAAGACCCAGUUAGUCCACGUGGGGGUGAAGGAGUUCUCCAGCCGAGGGAAGGACCGCCAUUUUGGAUACAUCAUCACCGGCUCUGACUCACUGACCACUGACCAGGGCCUGGAUCUGAUGGAGCGACUCGCACAGCGGAAGGACAUCCAUGCAGCCGACCUCACUCAGCUUUCCGUCCUGGGCCCAGCGUUGACCUUCAGAGUCGGCCAUAACCCAAAGAACGUCUCCACGGCCGAUCUCGUGGAAGUGGCCGUGCAACAGAAGCAGCAGCUGGAGAAGGAGACGGGCCUGAAGAUAGUGGAGGCUGGAGUGAGCGACAGGGGCAGUUUGACCCAGAUCCCGGUGGUGAAGGAGACCCGUGUGGAGUCGGGCCAGUUCCUGCUGCUGUCCCUCCUCUGCAUGCUCUUCAUCCUGGUGGCUUUGGCAGUGUCCGGGACGUUCUUCUGCGUCCGCCAGCGCUCCCACCUGCACCUUAAGGAGAAGUUAGCCAGCCUCGGCACUGACACCAGCACCGACGCAACAGCAACCUAUCAGGAGCUAUGUCGGCAGCGCAUGGCCAUUCGGGCGUCGGAGCGGGUGGAGAGGCCAGAGACCCUGCGCCACCAUUCUCGCCUGAACAGCGUGUCGUCCCAGUUCAGCGAUGGACCGGCCGCCAGCCCGUCCACCCGCAGCAGCACCUCCUCCUGGUGUGAGGAGCCGGUGCCCUCCAACAUGGAUAUCUCCACUGGUCACAUGAUCCUGUCGUACAUGGAGGACCACUUGAAAAACAAGAACCGUCUGGAGCGAGAAUGGGAGGCUCUGUGCUCGUACCAGGCUGAGCCCAGCACCUGUAACAUGGGUCAUGUCGAGGGCAACGGCAAGAAGAACCGGCCGGACGCUGUGGUCGCCUAUGAUCACUCGAGGAUCACCUUGAAAGCGGAGAAUAACCACGGCAACUCGGAUUACAUCAACGCCAGCCCCAUCAUGGACCACGACCCCCGCAACCCCACUUACAUCGCCUCGCAGGGCCCGCUCCCCUCCACCGUGGCGGACUUCUGGCAGAUGGUGUGGGAGAGCGGCUGCGUGGUCGUCGUCAUGCUGACCCCGCUGUCGGAGAACGGAGUGAAGCAGUGUCACCACUACUGGCCGGACGAGGGCUCGGACGUCUACCAUAUCUAUGAGGUGAACUUGGUGUCCGAACACAUAUGGUGCGACGACUUCCUGGUGCGCAGUUUCUAUUUGAAAAACCUGCAGACAAACGAGACUCGCACUGUCACCCAGUUCCACUACCUGUCCUGGAGCGACCGCGGCAUCCCCACCUCGGCCCGCACCCUCCUGGACUUCCGCAGAAAGGUUAACAAGUGCUACCGGGGCCGAUCUUGUCCGAUAAUUGUCCACUGCAGCGAUGGCGCGGGGAGGACCGGGACCUACAUCCUGAUUGACAUGGUUCUCAAUAAGAUGGCCAAAGGUGCUAAAGAGAUUGAUAUUGCCGCUACCCUGGAGCACUUGAGAGACCAGAGAGCUGGCAUGGUCCAGACAAAGGAACAGUUUGAGUUUGGCCUGACAGCCGUGGCAGAGGAGGUGAAUGCCAUCCUGAAAGCGCUCCCCCAGUGA